AUGAAGUGGUUCCGCCAUCUCCCGCCAGCGGCUCUCCUCCUGGCCAGUGUUCGCGCAGAAUCCAACACGGAGGAGGAUGACGACUCUGACUCCUACUGCGAGCUAUAUGGCUUCACUUCCCAGUCGCCGCGCCCACCCCUCACAUCUGGAGUCUAUCAGCUGUCCUCGAUGCGACCGCCCAAGCACUGCAGAACCUUUCGUAGUCCCGAGGUGGACGACGCCAUCGACAGUACCGUCGCUCAGAUUGCUGAUCCCGACCUGAAACGUCUCUUCUCCAACGCAUUUCCCAAUACUCUGGAUACGACCAUUGCAUGGCGCGGCGUCUCCGAAGACAACCCGGAUGAGGAGCUGGCCUUUGUCAUCACGGGCGAUAUUCCUGCCAUGUGGCUCCGAGAUUCUGCUAAUCAACUCCAAUCAUACGCGCCACUAUUGCAGAAAAACGACAGUGAGGACUCUCUCGCCUCGCUGUUCCGAGGUGCCAUUAACCUGCAAGCGCGUUACUUGUUGGGCGACCCCUACUGCCAGGCCUUCCAACCACCCAAGGAGUCGAAAAGACGUCCGGAAAGAAACUGGGCCUACAGUGGUCAGUACAAAGUGACCCCGCCGUAUGACAGUAAGGUAGUAUUUGAGUGCAAAUGGGAGCUGGAUUCCCUCGCCAGCUUCUUAGAGCUCUCCGAGUCGUAUUUCCGCAGAACAGGCGACCUGGAAUUCUUCGAAAAAUUCUCCUGGGUCAGCACCGUCGAGACCAUUUUGGAAGUCGCGGAAAAUAUGACAGAGCAGACCACCUACGAGGCCGACGGAAGCAUCAAGAACUCUUCCUAUCUCUUUUCAUCAUCCCUCAACGGUGGUUAUGGAAGUCCCACCGCGGGAGGCACCGGCCUGAUCAAAGUCUUCUUCCGUCCCUCCGACGACGACACCUUGUAUCAAUUCUUCAUCCCUGCAAACAUGCAAUUCUCGCACUAUUUGAACGCAAGUGCCACCAUCAUGGAGCAACUCUCUGGUAGCGGUGCGAAAGACCUCGCUGCACGUAUGAGGAACAAAGCCGCAAGUCUCCGCCAGGCCAUCAACGACCACGCCAUCAUCUCCACCCCACAACACGGAGACGUGUACGCCUACGAAAUCGAUGGCUAUGGCGGUGUCAUUCUCAUGGACGACGCCAAUUCCCCAUCUCUUCUGAGUAGUGCCUAUUUCGGCUAUUCCGACAAGAACGAUCCCAUCUACCAAAACACCCGAGCACGAAUCCUCAGCACUUUGAACCCGUAUUGGGCACACGGCCCGGAACUCAGCACCAUCGGCUCACCACACAGCGGGUUCGUGAAUGGCUGGCCCAUGGCAUCCAUCAUGCGCAUAUUGACGUCCGACGACGACGCCGAAAUCACGCAGCAAAUUUAUCAACUGCUCAGCUCGACCGACGGUCUCGGACUCAUUCACGAAAGCGUCAAUGCCCACAACCAAUCGCAAUGGACGAGAUCGUGGUUUGCGUGGGCGAAUGGUCUCUUUGGCCAAGCCAUUUACGAGUUACAAGCGAGAAAACCUCAUAUUCUCCAGCAAAGUUUCCAAGAUACUUCGAUUUCGAAAGAUGACGUGGGAAAUCUCCAAUACAUGCCACGAAAACCUACCCUUUUUACAAACAAGGUGAGUACUUGA